UUCCUAUCUGUCACGGUGCAUUACAUUGACUCCCCAGUGGGGAAACCUCAUGAGUGGAAGCUGAAGGUGGAGCAACUCGCAUUUACCACCAUUAAUGGUAAUCAUAGCGGCAGCAACAUUGGCCGAAUUUUAAUACAAACUAUCGAUGACUACGGCAUUCAUAACAAG